UAUAUCGUUGCGUUCUUAUCUCAAUCCAGAGUCUCAGUCACGUGACAAUAGCUCACGUGACGCGUGGAAUGUGGUUCUAACAAAAUGGCAGAACAUGCGAAUAAAGAUCUGCUGUAUGCUACAGAGAAUGGCUCACUUGAAGGCGUUAAAGCGGCAUUAGAAGCUGGUGCAGACAUUGACUACGAAGAGCCGGCCAGCCAUGCCACACUCAUUGGUACAGCGCUGUUCAUAGCUUGUGACCUUGGGCAUGUGGACAUUGUGAGGCUACUGCUCCGCAAGGGGGCGUCUUUGGUGAAGAGAACGUUUAGUGCAUUCACCCCCCUCCAUGGAGCAGCGUACGAAGGGAGGACAGAAAUAGUGGACUUACUGGUGCAGCAUGGUGCAACAGUAGACGUACUGGACUGGUACCAGAACACACCACUCAUGACCGCUUGUGUCAACAACCAUGUCGACACGGUUCGGCGACUGAUUGAGCUUGGAGCAAGGCCUGAUUUGGACGACGGCCAUAUAGCACAGAUCUUAAGGGUAGAAGUCGCCGAAAAUCGUUGUUCUGUGGAAGAGAGUUAUAACCUGAUAGAAGAGGUGAGGAAGUCCAAGCUGUUGAGAUGCUGCAACCCGAAGUGUGGCAAACCAGGCUACAGGAAAACCCUGAAGCUGUGUGGCCGGUGCAAGCUGACCCGCUACUGCAGCCGUGACUGUCAGAAACAACACUGGUCUGUCGGACACAAGAAGUGCUGUGGGCAUGACGUGUACUUGUAAUCACAAUGAAGCUGACCCCCUCCAACAACGGAUGGCUGAUAAAGGCCAUAUGAAGCAUAGUUGAUUACACGAUGCCAUUUGAUACAGGCGUGUACUCUGACAAGGGACCAAACUAUGGCUGUCUUUCAGUUUCACUAAGGAUAUGAUUCUUGCGUCCUUGUAGAAAUGACGCCACAAAGCUCGUUCAGCUGCACGUUUUAUAUGGCAUUGUUUGAUUUCUCUUAGAAGAAAGUAAAAACGUUGAACGAGUAUAUGAUGAGUUAGUUGGAUUUUACGACGGAAACUAAAAAAAAGUGAAUACACAUGUACACUGUAUUACACAUACGCAUAUUUGUUUAUUGUAGCAAUGGGCAUCUUUGUGUUUUCAGACAGAGGUACGAAUCACAGGAACUUUGAAAGUAAAAAAAUUAAACAGACACUGAAAAGGCUUGUUGUAUUACUGUUAUCAUUUACUUCUUCGCCAUUUAAGAAUAUAGAGACACUCGUCAAGAAAUUGUACAAUACAAAUGUAUUCAGACAAAAGACACAGCAAGGAAGGUUUACUGAUGUUUGCCUACAAGUUCAGAGUUAUUUGUCAGUUACGUACUUCUACAUCAACAUUGUACAUGACAUAGAA